UAUGUGUGUGUUUGUAUGCGUGCUCUAAUAGGCAGAGAGAAAUAUGAGUUGAGUAUGAGGCUGCCCCUGAUGCACCGGUAAGUGAAGCUUGCUUUGCUGGAAGAUGCCUCGCUGCUGCUUCCCCCCUCACCUCCACUGCAAAUAGAUCUUGCUACAGCCCGCUAUAUUUUGUCGGGUUAAGUUCGGAGCAUUAUGACUGUACAUUCCAGCCUCGACUGCUUUUCAUUUAAGGACUCUUUCUACCAAGAUCAGGAGAAAUAUGGAACUUGAUUGGCGUCUUCGCGUUUAAUGCGUCCCUGGAGAUAAACAGACGCGGGUCCGGACGGAGAGCGAGGCAGCGCAGGUGGAUGUAUUGUGUUUGAGGAAAAGGGCCAUACUGAGGAUAAAAGACACGAAGGAAAAAGGAGGAAAAUGCAGUUCGAUACAUUGCGUCAAUUUUGUAGCUCCGUUCUAUCCCAUUUUAAUGAGGCUUUUACGCCGCCUCAGAACAUUCUGCAGACGGAACUAUUCGAGCAGGCGUUGAGCAACAUCGGGAAACGAAGCCCAUCAGCAUCUAGGGAUACAAACCAAAAAUACGACCAAAGGGAGGAGCGGGGUCAGUAUGCCCCGGGGGACGGCACCAUGCCCAGAUCACCGUCCGACUACGGGGAUGGGGACCCUCGACGUGGGGCCCCACGGAGGUACCAAGACGCUGAGGCGGCGCGGGGGGAGUACCGUGGUGGGCGUGGCCGCUGGCGCUCCCAGGAGGACUACCCUCUGGACCAGGACGGGCCCUACCCUCUAGACGGGCCCUACCCUCUAGACGGGCAGCCCAGUGAGUUCGAGCUGCAGCGCCAGCGCCAGGAGGAGUACCAGACACGCUACCGCUCCGACCCCAACCUGGCCCGUUACCCUGUCAAGCCCCAGCCCUACGAGGAGCAGAUGAGGAUGCAUGCUGAGGUGGGCCGGGCCAGGCACGAGAGGCGCCACAGUGAUGUGUCUCUGGCCUACACGGAGCAGGACGAGCCCCAGGGACCAAUCCGCCUGUCCAGACAGCACCUGACUGAGCGCCGGCCGCCCAUGAUGGGCCAACGCUCCUACUCCAUGGACAGAAACUCCCCCACCCCUGGAGGCCACCCCCGGACCUCCAACCACAGCCCCCCCACUCCACACCGCAGCCCCGUGCUGGGGGACAGAUCAGGGGACAUGAGGCGGGGGCCAGGGGAGCCAAUAGGGUUCAGGGGUCAUGAUUAUCUGGACCCCAGCUCUGCAGUCAGGAAGACCAAGAGGGAGAAGAUGGACACCAUGUUGAGGAACGACUCUCUGAGCUCUGACCAGUCUGAGUCCAUCAGGCCGCCGCCACCAAAGCCCCACAAAACCAAAAAGGGGGGUAAGAUGCGGCAAGUGUCCCUGAGCAGCUCUGAGGAGGAACUGGCCACCACGCCGGAGUACACCAGCUGUGAGGACGUGGAGAUAGAGAGUGAGUCUGUCAGUGAGAAAGGGGACAGUCAAAGGGGGAAAAGAAAAACUAUUGAGCAGGCAUUUUUGUCCGACUCAACACACAACACCUUAUCUGAGAGGCAAAAGAAAAUGGUUCGCUUUGGGGGCCACUCAUUGGAAGAGGACGCAGAAUGGUGCGAACCCCAGGUUAAAGACUCUGGCGUUGACACAUGCAGUAGCACUACCCUAAACGAGGACAAUCAGCAUAGCCAUAGUGAGAAGAAUCCAGUGACAUGGCAGCCCUCCAAAGAUGGGGAGCGCCUAAUAGGGCGGAUUCUGCUCAACAAGCGGAUGAAGGAUGGAAGUGUACCUCGAGACUCAGGAGCACUGCUGGGACUGAAGGUGGUGGGUGGAAAGAUGACAGAAUCUGGUAGACUUUGUGCUUUCAUCACUAAAGUGAGGAAAGGAAGUCUAGCGGAUACUGUUGGACACCUCAGACCAGGCGACCAGGUGCUGGAGUGGAACGGGAGGUUUUUACAAGGAGCCACAUUUAAAGAAGUUUACAAUAUCAUUCUAGAAUCAAAGCCAGAACCCCAGGUGGAACUGGUGGUCUCAAGGCCCAUAGGAGAUAUUCCUCGGAUACCAGACAGCACACAUGCACAACUGGAAUCAAGUUCGAGUUCCUUUGAGUCUCAGAAGAUGGAUCGCCCCUCUAUCUCUGUCACAUCUCCCAUGAGCCCCGGGAUGCUGCGGGACGCCCCCCAGUACCUGUCAGGACAGCUCUCAGUCAAACUGUGGUAUGACAAAGUGGGCCAUCAGCUAAUUGUGACCAUCCUGGGAGCCAAGGACCUGCCUUCUAGGGAAGAUGGCCGCCCCAGGAACCCUUACGUCAAAAUCUACUUCCUCCCUGACAGAAGCGACAAAAGCAAGAGGAGAACAAAAACGGUAAAGAAAUCCUUAGAACCCAAAUGGAACCAGACCUUUAUGUAUUCUCCUGUGCACCGGCGGGAGUUCCGUGAGCGCAUGUUGGAGAUCACCCUGUGGGACCAGGCCAGGGUCAGGGAGGAGGAAAGCCAGUUCCUGGGAGAGAUACUGAUAGAGCUGGAGACAGCCCUGCUGGAUGAUGAGCCUCACUGGUACAAGCUGCAGACCCACGACGUGUCCUCCAUGCCCCUCCCCCGCGCCUCGCCCAACCCCCAGCGCAGACAGCUCCAUGGAGAGAGCCCCACGAGGAGGCUACCCAUACAGAGAUCUCAGAGAAUCAGCGACAGUGAGAUCUCUGACUAUGACUGUGAAGACGGUGUUGGGGUAGUGUCAGACUACCGGCAGAACGGCAGGGACCUUCAUAGUUCCACGUUGUCUGUCCCAGAGCAGGCGAUGUCAUCCAACCACUGCUCGCGGUCGGCAGACAUGAACCGGGCGCGGUCGCGGUCCCCCAGCGUUCCCCCUCCACAGAGCAGAAGUCUGGACCCCGGCUAUGACAUUGACCCCGCCUCGUCUCAGUACAGCUCCUCCAGUAGAGUGGACCGGCGCAGUGUGUCUGAUGACCACCACUCACCUGACAGCCAUUUUCUCACCCUACCUCGAUCCAGACGCUGUCAACCUAGUGAUGGUCAUCAGAAGGAACCCAGGAACCACGGAGCCGUUGACAGGCAUGUGUAUCACAGCAGGUCCAGGUCAGCUGACCAGCGUCCCGCGCUAGAGCGCACCACCACCUCCCGCUCGCGGUCCACGGAGCGGCCUGACUCCGCCCUCAUGAGGUCCAUGCCGUCUUUACCCUCCGGACGCUCCGCCCCUCCCUCACCUGCCUUAACGAGGGCGAACCCCCGCAGCGGAUCGGCCCAAACCAGCCCCACCAGUACCCCCAUGUCCGACAGGAGAGGAGGUCGGCAACUACCACAGCUUCCACCCACAGGGACCAAGGGCAGAAAAGCCGGUGGGAAGAAGCUUCGCAGCACCGUGCAGAGGAGCACAGAGACGGGUUUGGCCGUAGAGAUGAGGAGCAGGAUGACUCGGCAGGCCAGCAGGGAGUCCACCGACGGCAGCAUGAACAGCUACAGCUCCGAGGGAAACCUGAUCUUCCCUGGUGUGAGACUGUCCUCCGACGCCCAGUUUUCUGACUUCCUGGAUGGACUGGGCCCAGCCCAGCUGGUUGGACGACAGACGCUAGCUACACCACCCAUGGGUGACAUCCAGAUUGGAAUCGUGGACAAGAAAGGAGCGCUGGAGGUGGAAGUGAUCCGAGCCCGUGGCCUUGUGGGAAAACCAGGUUCCAAGGCACUGCCAGCACCAUAUGUAAAAGUGUAUCUUUUGGAAAACGGAGCCUGCAUAGCCAAAAAGAAAACAAAAGUAGCAAGAAAAACCUUGGAUCCCCUUUACCAGCAGCAACUGCCUUUCGAAGAGGCUCCUGGAGGGAAAGUUCUACAGAUCAUCGUAUGGGGAGACUACGGACGCAUGGACCAUAAAUCCUUUAUGGGAGCAGUUCAGAUACUUUUAGAUGAGCUGGACCUGUCUAACAUGGUGAUUGGCUGGUUCAAGCUCUUUCCUCCUUCCUCAUUGGUGGACCCUACCCUGGCCCCCUUGACAAGAAGAGCUUCCCAAACAUCAUUGGAUAGCCGGUCAUAGCAGUGUGUGGACUGAUAGCAUUGUUGUAGCAGCAGCACCCAGUGUUGAGGUUAAACAAGCUGCGACAGACCGGUCACGCCCCCCGGUUACACUGCAUGCUUGAUGUUGUGUCUUCUGAGCCUGUUUCUAGGGGUGCAAACGUGAUCCUGUGUUUUGAGCAAAAUGUCGCACACAUUGUGCGUAGCGAGCGUCGCUCCCUCGGCCGGGUCGGAGCACCAGCUCAGAUUGGAAGGCCGUAACGGACUCCUUAGCACCAGGAAUUGUCUCUAAAUCGAGCGAUUCCAGGUUUUCAUCCAAUCUUAAGCCAUGGGGGUCGAACCUGGGAACCCGCUCGAUGAGUUCUACAGAAGCCCUUUUUGAAUGAAAAAUACAUGUUUUAGUUUUUAAUUAAUUAUUUUGUUUUUUGUUUGUUUUAUUGUCGAUGUACUUGCAUACCUGAAGGGGUGACUGACAGUGUUGUCCUGUCCAGAAGCUUGGUCAUGCCACGCCAACAGACCUAGCUAGAUGUGUAAAUGGAACUAUGAGGAUCAUUGCAAUAGGAGAGGUGGGGUGUACCAACUAAAGUUCAAACCCCGAAUAUAAGGCCCUAUAUAAAUACCUAUAGGUAGUUGAUCACACCAGAGAGACAAUACUAAAGUUACUAAAGGCAAUACAGAAGUGGCUACUGUACUAUCGACACUCCAGAAUCUAUUGAUCAGAACCCACAACAAGGCUAACUUUUAUGACCUAACGUUAUUAUUUCUCUGUUGAUAUAUUGUAUGAAAUUUAAAUGAAGAUUUAAAAAAAAAAUAAUAAUGAUUUUUUUGCAUGGACAAAAAUUUAGCUGAAAAAAAUAAAAGAAAAUUAUUUUCUUGAGGCUGCGACUUGCAAAAAAAGAUGAAGAAAAACAAAUAAAACACAUCAGCCAUUUUCAACAAUUUAUAUUAUUUUUAAAUAUAAAUUUCACUAGUGCAUGGUUUUCAAAGUGGAGUGAAUGCAACAGCGUGAUAAAAAAAUACACAUUGUUUAUCUUUCUUUAGACCAUCCAUAACAUAAGUCUGUGUUUGGCAGACAUACAGUAAGAGAAACUAAAAUAAAAACUUUUGGAGUUAUUUAUCCAAAAAAACUCUGUGACAAAGUGAUGAUGAAAAUAAAUGUAAAUUAUUUAUUUCAUUGUAAAGGUUUACAAGCCUUAUAAAGAUAAACAUUAUGUGCAAAUUGUACACGUCUCUUUCUCUCCCUUGUCCCAGGGCAUCCCCCUGAUUGUCCAGAGUUUCAGGACUGUUGGUUCUUUUACAGCUCUGUAUUGUUUCAAUAUGACUUUUUUGGGGGGAUUUGAUUUGUUGAACAAGCAUGUUGUAAAGGAUUUUCUGCAACAUGGCUUGGGCACACCUUAAAGUAACUCAGCAUGUUUUGAUAAAGAGGAUAUUUGGGAGUUUUGCAGUUCCUUGUACAGUGCAUGUCAACUUAGUUACUUUUCCCCCCUCACCUUCAAUUGAAUUCUACAUCAAAUUAAUUGAGUUACUUUCAUGGUCAGACUAAACGUUAUAACAAAACAUUCCACCAACCCCUAGAUCAUAUUUUAUUUCCACUUUUUCAAAAAGAAUGACAAAGAAAAAUAUUUUAUAUUCAUUGGAGGUUGACAAAAAAGUUGUGGUUGCAAGUGUAUUUUAUUUCAGUAUUGUUAACUAACAUGCAAAAAUAAUCUGUAUUGGUACAGCAAGAAGGAUAUUUAUAUCCAAGCAAGAAGCGGCAAACAUACAACUUAUGUACUGUAUUUUGCUGUGUAGUUCAGGCACUGUUUCUGAGGACGAGUAAAACACAAGGUCAAACAACAUGGGAUGUUGCCACACUAUAUGAAUUUAGUUUUUUUGUUUUUGUGAAAAGAAAAUUAAUUUCAUAUUUUUAUUAGUUUAUUUACAAGCCAAGACCAGUUUUUAUUUUUUAUUUUUAGUAAUUAUAAAUGCUUCUUGUGUAUGGGAGGUAUAUGAGUCUUACAGUUAUGUCUGAAUGAAAAUAAACUGAGACAUUAUUCCUUUUCCAUGUUAAACCUAUACAUUCUAAUGCCCAUCCAAUAUCUUGAUGCUAUAUACUUUCAUUUUUGAUUGACAUUGUACAUAUUAGAAAUUUGAAUAAAACAAGCAAACUCAAAUAGAUGAAUACAAUAUUUUGGAAUAGGAAUAAUGUCUCACAUGAUGACAAAGACAUGUGUUAUUUCCCCUUUUGAAUGGCUUUUCUUUCUUUUGUUUUGGUGCAAUGUGUUUAUGCCAAGGCUAUGUCUUGGUGAAGUAUGGUUGACUACAGAGAUUUAUGUAAGUUAUUUUUCAAAUAAAAAAUGGAUAUUACACCGACA